AUGGCUCUACUCCGUCGCAUCCUCCACUUGCGUCCACUAUUUUCGAGUCGUCAGAUAACAUCCUCCACCGCCGUGCCAUACCCAUUGGGAAGAAGAGAUCCUCAGUCUCUCCCAUCAGCACUUACUAAGGAGAUUGAUCCCAAUCAAGUCUUUAUGGACAACCGUCCCAUCUCCAUAGGCUACAGAGUUGCGACAGCUCUACAGCUGUCGCAACUCGACAGAGCCGCUGAGAUCUCUCGAUACGUUUAUUACGAACACAAAAUGUUUAUCGCCAACGUACUUGUCCCUUGCAACACCAUCAUCGAUGCCAUGUGCCGCGCUAAACGGUACGAGGAUGCAAUAGCUCUCUUCCAUUACUUUUUCAACAAAUCUAAAAUUGUCCCCAACACCUUGUCUUUCAACCUCAUCAUCAAAGCACAUUGUGAUGAAGGCCGCGUCGACGACGCCCUUGAGCUCUACCGAUACUUUACUCCUGAUAGCGACAAGCACAGGCUACUGGCUCAAGGGCUGGUCGAUUCCGGUAGAAUCCACGAAGCCCUGUGUUUAGCAGCCGGCUUUGACUGCGUGGAUUGGAAGGUCCACGACGUUCUAAUUCGUGGCUUCUUGAACUUGGGGAACCAUGACAUGGCUCGUCAACUCUUUAGCCAAGUUAAGGAUGCAGAGGGGAUUGCAUUUGUGAGCUCCACGUUCCUGGACUACUGGUUUGACCAAGGGGAUGAAGAACAAGCUGCCUUAUAUUUGCCUAGUAAGGUUGAAUAUUUACUCUCUGGGAAUAAGCUUUUACAGGUUUUGUUCAAGCAUGGUCAGACAAGUUUUCGUUGGCAAUAUUUUAAAGGUAUGUUACAACAAGGCCUCUUUGAUUCAGAAACAAUCAACAUAGGGGUCAACGAGUAUUUCAAACAAGGGAAGUUUGGCCAGGCACUAGAGACCUUUAAAAGGUCCCCUCUCUCUGGUUCCUACAGCAACAUCAUCGCCAGGUUAUGCGAACGUGGGAUGGUCUCGGAGGCAGAGUCUUUACUUGAGGAAAUGACUUCACCUGACGUUGCCGAUUUCAGAGCACUCAUCAAUGCAUACAUUAGGGCGGGGAGAGUGGAUGAUUCUCUCCGUAUCUACACCAAAAUGGUUGUUGCUUGCGUACGCAAAGUUGCAAUUCAUUAUGCCCCUUGA